GCAUUUGAUGUUGAAGAACCUGGUCAUUUCAUGCCUCGUGGUAAAAAGAAGCUUCUACAUCCUCCGCUGACAUUUUUACACCCACCUUUUUCCAAACCGUUGAGUGAAGCGGUACGUGUGGCUUCCUCCGAUCAAUAUCCUGCUGUGAAAACCGCAUCGACCGAGGAAAAGUGUACCUGGAUUACUCCAGAUUUCAGUCUUUCUGCACGGAGUUUCUUCCCUAAAGGCGGCCGACGCCCACCUGUUCAAAGAAACUCCCCGAAACCACCGCUGGAAUUCUUUGAAGAUCCGAUAGAUCAAGUAACAACGAACCCAGAUGAAAAUCCAACUGAACGCUGUCCUCUGUUUCCCCUCACCUCUCCGGAAAAGCCUUUCAUUGGGAGACAAAUGCUCGUCAAAGAGACACCUGAGUACCAGCGAUGAGACCCUACGUAUUUUCCUAUUGUAAAUACGAUUUUAUUCUAUUUUAUUGACCAUUGAGAAUUCAUGUCCUAGAUGACUUGCUUCCUAA